UUAUUGUUGUAGUUAUUGUUGUUGUUGUUGAUGUCGUCAUUGAUAGAUCGGACAGAGAAAAAUGGAGAGAGGAGGGGAAGACAGAGAGGGGGAGAGAAAGAUAGACACCUGCAGACCUACUUCACCGCCUGUGAACUGACUGCCCUGCAGGAAAAACGUGGUCUUCGAGAAAUGCGCGUUCUUGAGAAUCUGAAGAAUAUGAUCCAUGAGGCAAAUGAACAUACACUUCCCAGAUGUAGAGAAACAGUGCAGGGCAGCUUGAGCCCAGUUCUCCGGAGAUUGCAAACAGCCACUAAUUCAGUCUGUAGACUCCAACAGAGGGAGCAGGAACGAAGAAAGAUUCAUAAUGACCAUUUAAUAACUAGUGAAAAGCAGCAUGUGAUCCAGUGGGAAAAUUUCAUGAAAGAGCAACACAACAAGCAGGCUGAAGUGGAUGAAGAACACAGAAAGGCCAUGGAGAAGCUUAAGGAGCAAUAUGCCCAGAUGGAGAAGGAUCUCGCAAAAUUUUCAACUUUUUAGAAACCUGAACCAGGACAGCAACAAACUUUGGGGAAACAUUUACAUCCCCUUUGAAAAUUGUUGUCAGCAAAUCGCUUAGCCUCUGCUUCAAACUUAGCAAUAUAUUCAAUGGCACUCAUAUCAGGAGCAAAAAUCCUGUACUAGUAUCGGAGUUAAAUUUUAAAAAGGAAGAGUGCUCUGUCUUCCCAGUUCUAAGUGCCUAUCUAUAUAUGAUUAUUUGAAUGGGGAAGAGUAAGCAGAAAAUGGGAUAAGUUUACUCUUUUUUGGUCAGAUCUGGUCCUCUUUUUCAUCGACUCUUAGACAACUGUGAAUUUUAUUCAUGUGACUUACAGAUAUCAUCUACCUGUCACAACCUGCUUAACUAUUGCAAGAAUAGAAAAUGUUGUUCCAUACAUAGUGUGCUAAAAUCCACUGUCUCGGAGGGAGCAGAAAGCACUUCUACAAGAGGCAAGACUCACCCUGUGCCCCUCCUCUGGCUGAUGGCUGUGGUGGUCUGCCUGUUGGAAAGGGGGGAUGUUUCAGUGUAGCACAGUGGGGAUGCUUCACUGAGGAGAAGACAGAAUGCAGGCCUUCCAGCACUUCAUAGUUACAGCUUUUAAAACUUGCUUGGAAGGAAAAGUUUACCAAAAAGACAUUUGACUUUUAGCCUUUCUGAGGACUAUCACCUUGCCCAUAGUAUUUACCUCAUUUUUGUGUCUGUUUUGCUAUGGGUAAGUUUUGUAAGAGAAUAUUUGUACAUGUUUCAACAGCUUAGUGAGUGGCCAGUAGAAUGGGCCAGGGAGUCCCUCUGAACAUGUGCAACUUCUGCUACAAAUCAAACAGAAAUAUUUGCCUACAUGCCAGACGUUCCAUGUUAAAUGUAAAUCCUUUUUAGUGAUUAACAUCUCUUCUCAUAAGCAGGUAUAUUGUGGUGAAAUAUGUAUUAACUCUGUCAUCACUGUGAUUUUUUAAAAUCUGCACUUAACUGUUUUAGUUAAGGAACUAAGUUGAUCUUAUUUACCAUAAAUCAAGCAAAAUUAAAUGCAAUAAUUUCAAGAGAUUUAUGGCAAAUGGAUUUGAGGUAUGGAGAACUCCUUCAAAUAUUUUUCUUGCUCUUCAGUGAAGAAAAGCUCAAGAAAAAGCAUGUAUGUUCCUAUGUCAUUGAGGAGUUGUUGCUGCCGGCAAGUGACAAUGCUGGGCUGUGUGAAUUCAUGGCUCUCUGUCAAAGCUUCAUUCUUGGCUGCAUGUUGAAAAUGUGAUUAAAGUUAAUAGAAGAGAUGAAAUAAGUAUUUGAGAUUUCUUUCAAUCACACUGAACUUGUGCCAGCUCUCUCUCUGUCCGCUGCUGUGGCCUUGACAGGUCCAUCCAUCAUUCUUGAUUCUUGGGCUCAGAGGAGCCCCUGGCUGUGACACUGCAGCACGUUGGAAUUUUCACAGUUCUCUCUCAGUGGAUGGAAAGAAAAACCCUACUUCCAAAAAUAUCCACACAUGGGAUGGGAGGGGAAGCUGAAAUGAAAAUUCUCCUUGUACCAUAGGCAGGUUUGGGAAUUCUAUUAGCUGGCAGCACACCAUUGAACAGAUGUGGCAUCCAUGAGGACUUUGUGUGAGUGAGGUGGGGCUCAUCAAGUGUUUGUUCACCGCACAUAAUAAAUACUUUACCUUAAGAGUUUGUAUAUGUUAUAUGAGGACCUCAGAGACGUCGUCAUCCAAAAUAAAUUGAUGGGCUUUUGAACUCUAAACAUUAAGAUGCUGAUUUUUUUUUUCUUCUUUUUAGCCAUUGACUAUAACUUCCCAGUCUUUUGUUUUCAUUCACUAUAACUUCUAAAAGCACUGGUUUACUUGCUUUCCUUUUACUGUUCUCAGUGAACACUUUAUUUUCCCACUCCCAAAUUACUGUUGAUAUAUAUUUUUAUUUAUAUGUUUGAAAUUAACUUUAAUAACUUAGAGUUUACAUUUCUGCUGUUAAACAGAGAUAGGAGUUCUGUGUAACUUUGAGAUUAUUUUGUGAUGAUCAAAUGAUGUAAUGUUUAAAGCAACAUAGGAAUAUUUGUUUUUAUGUUCUAAGUAUUUUAUAUUAUUAUUUAGUUUUACUUAUGUAUGUGCAUAGUUCUUGCAUUUCUUAAGAGGUAUAUUAAAAUUAUCUUUUUUUAUCAGUUUCUGUUUUAACUAGAUUAUAGUCAGAGACUAGGUUCAUAUAAGACUGGUAUGUUGAAAUUUGUGGAUAUUUGCUUUAUGACUGAAAAUAUGGUUAGCUUUUAUGAAGUCAUAUGUAUUUUCUAUUGCUGGGUAUGCAUUAGACCAAGCUUGUUAUUUUUCAGUACUUGUAUAGUCUCCAUUUUACUGGUGUUUUUCCUUCUACUUGUUCUUUCAGAUUUUUUUUUUUUAACCUCCAAGAUCAUUGUUGGGGCUUGGUGCUUGCACUAUAAAUCCACAGCUCCUGGAGGCCAUUUUUCCCAUUUUGUUGCCUUGUUGUCAUUAUUGUUAUUGUUACCACUGGUGUUGUUGCUGUUGGACAGGACAGAGAGAAAUCGAGAGAGGAGGGGAGACAGAAAGGGGGAGAGAAAGAUAGACAUGUGAGACCUGCUCCACUGCUUGUGAAGCCAUCCCCCCUGCAGGUGAGGAUCCAGGAACUUGAACUGGGAUCUUUACGCUGGUCCUUGCACGUUCUUUCAGAUUUUGAGAGGUGUAGUUUCAUACUACAGGACAUUGUUCUGAUUUCUCUGUAAUUCUAUCAAUUUUUGUUUUAUAUAUUUUGAAAUUUUAUUAGAUACAUGCAAGUUCAACAUUAUCUCCCAAGUUUAGAAUUGAACAUUUUAUAUAUAGUCAUUACAUUAUAAUGUUUUUAUUUUAUGUUGCUUUAACAUUUUUUUUAAGAAAAACAUUUACAUAGGCAAUACCUAGCAAGCUAGUGUUUCUAUGGUAUGCAUCUACUCAUUCUUCUGGUGAACCUUUCUGGUUUAUUUAAUAGAUGCCAUUAAAAAACUGUAAUUAGGGCUAGGAAUAUGGAUUGACCUGCAGACACCCACGUCCAGUGGAGAAGCAAUUACAGAAGCCAGACCUUCUACCUUCUGCACCCCAUCAUGACCCUGGGUCUAUGGUCCCAGAGAGAUAAAGAAUAGGAAAGCUUCCAAUGGAGGGGAUGGGAUGCAAAACUCUGGUGGUGGGAAUUGUAUGGGAUUGUACUCCUGUUAUCCCACAGUCUUGUCAAUCACUAUUAAAUCAAUAAAAUAAAUAAAUAAAAACUUAACUAGAACCAACAAAAUAA